CUCAAAGGCGGCUCAUAACGCAAUAAUUUUCCCGCUCUUUUCUUUUCUCUCUACAACAUCUCUUUCCCUGCCUCUCUCUCGCUCUCCCUCCCAUCUCUCUCUCGCUCUCUCUCCAAUCUCUCUCUCGAAGAUGAGCGCCGCAAUGAGAAAAUUGAUACAAAAGAAGUUCAAAAUGAGAGGCUACACUCUCAAAGUCGAAGCUUUAAACGAAAUCCUCCCUUUCUUAUCCAAAUUCAAAGACGCCGAAGACGAAGCCCUAGAUCUCCUCCUCGACGAGCUUCAGCAUCAAUCCUUGAAGUCAUCGAUUUUGGACAAGGAGAGUGUGAGUCGUGUUGUUAGUUUGUUGUUGGAAGCGGAGGCAGCUGCUGAGGAUACGCCAGCUAGUACUAGUGCUACUGGCGCUCUUCGUAUUAUUGAUGCAUUUAUUGUCCCCAAGUAUAGAUAUGAUCCGAUUAAGAAGAUCUUCUUGGAGCAUACGGGGAGGCUUCCAAUUCACGGAGAUGCUUCUGCAAAAGCAACGUUGUACAGAGAUAGAUUUUUGCUGUUGUUUCAAAGGCUUUCUCGGGACCCACAUUUCUCAAGGCCUGCAUUUGAUACUGAUUUGUCACAGUUUGGGAACUGUCAGAUAUCCCCAAUUCAAUCUCUGGUUGGGCGAACAGGAAAAUGCUGGGUGAUGGGAGUGAUAUCUCAGUUGGAAGAUGGACAUUUUUACUUGGAAGAUCUCACUGCAGCAGUUGAAAUCAAUCUGUCAAAUGCAAAGAUUACCACUGGAUUCUUUUCAGAGAACACUAUAGUUUUAGCAGAAGGGGAGAUGCUUCUGGAUGGGAUGUUUCAGGUCAAAACAUGUGGAUUUCCUCCUCUAGAAGACAGAGAGAAGUCAUCUGGAUUAUUUUCUGGAAUUGACUUCUUUGGUAGUGGUAAACUUGCAAAGGAGGAAACUCUGAGACUUGCAGAGCUGGAAACAAGGGCAGUAAAUGACAUGUUUGUCAUCCUUUCAGAUAUUUGGCUGGACAAUGAGGAUACAAUGAAGAACCUGCAGACCGUCCUUGAUGGUUAUGAGAAUGUAGAAGUGGUUCCUUCUCUUUUUGUUUUCAUGGGAAAUUUCUGCUCCCAUCCAUGUAACCUUUCUUUUAGUUCUUACUCAACAGUCAGAAUGCAAUUUGAGAAAUUGGGGCAAAUUAUUGCAGCUCAUAAUAGAUUGCUGGAACAUAGCAGGUUCUUGUUUAUCCCUGGGCCUGAUGAUGCAGGUCCUUCGACAGUUCUACCUAGGUGCCCUCUACCAAAUUAUCUAACUGAAGAGCUUCAGAAGCAUGUUCCAAAUGCUGUGUUUGGAAGUAAUCCAUGCAGAAUCAAGUUUUAUACCCAAGAGAUCGUAUUUUUCCGACAGGAUCUGCUAUACCGAAUGCGUAGGUCAUGUUUAAUGCCGCCUUCAUCAGAAGAAACAAGUGAUCCUUUUGAGCAUCUUGUUGCUACUAUAACUCAUCAAAGCCAUUUGUGUCCUCUUCCCCUAAGUAAACAACCCGUCAUCUGGAAUUAUGAUCAUUGUCUCCAUCUCUAUCCAACACCUCAUACGAUAGUAUUGGGUGAUAAAAGCGAGCAGAAGGCUUUCAAUUACACAGGAAUCACAUGCUUUAAUCCUGGUUCAUUUUCAAACGACAGCACCUUUGUUGCUUAUCGGCCUUGCACAAGGGAAGUUGAGUUGUCUUCCUUGUGAGCGAAGAAAGAUGACAAGGGAAUUCCAUUUAUACUGUACAAUAAUAGUUAGGUAGCAAUGUUAACCGAAAGAUGACAUGUCAGCCUCUGCAAGCUUCCGCAAUUGUUGUAGUUUUUGCAUUUUGUUGGGAAAUGUAAAAGAUGCAUUUCAAAUUUCAACCUCCGCUGAAUCGAAGUCAUCAGCUUUAGGAAGUCUUAGAAAUUUACCAUGUACUGUACGUUAUUUACCCUAUCUUUUACUUGUAGUCAUGUCGAGAUGUGUACUAGAAGUCCAAAGAAUCCUAGUUCCUCAGUGCCCAAAUGUGUCCUAAAUUUUUGACUCGUGUAUCCAACUUUCCGCAGCUUAUUAUUUGGUCCACUGAAACACAAAAUCUUAACUUUGUUGAAUAAUAA